GCGGCUUAUCGAGGGUUCAAUGAUCAUUUUCUGUUGAUUUUAGACGCUCACCAUGGGUUUCGUUCAGUCUUUCCUUAAAAAAAUCGUAUAUUCUGUCAUAAUUCUGGGCGCUAUAUAUUUCCUUCCUGGACUACCGCCUAAAACGACUUUUCCGUUUAAGGAAUAUGUUAUCAAACCCCCAAGGGAGCUUACUGGGGUUCUUCAACUAAAUUCUCAUCUUGAUGGAGCGAGACAUUUAUUUAAGGAUCAAGUUUUUGGCCCGGAGAACCUUCUUCCCGGAAACGACGGCUUAUACACGGGCAUCUAUGGAGGAGAGGUCUUGAAGUUGAAUAUAGAAGAUAAACGUCUUGAAGCGGUGACCAAAGUGGGCAAGCCUUGUGAUUAUAUUUACGACCUGGAAGUAUGUGGAUAUCCUGUGGGUUUGGCUUUGGACACCAAGGGGAACAAUCUGAUUGUGGGUGAUGCCUACUAUGGAUUAUGGGAAGUCAACUUGGAAACGAAAAAGAGGACUCAGUUGGUGUCCCCGGAAGACAUUCUCCCAGGCACAAGAGUUCAUCGACCGGCUCGACUAUUUAACAGUGUGGCAGUUAGCCAGAAUGGGGAUAUUUAUUGGACUGAUUCCCUAUCCGAUGAUGUAUCUUUGGUUCUGUUUGCCAAUCCUUCUGGGCGUCUCUUUAGAUACAAUCGAGAGCAGAAGACCAACGAAGUACUUUUGGACGGACUUGCCUUUGCCAACGGAUUAGCUUUAAGCCCCAAUGAAGAUUUCGUUGUCGUAGUCGAAACAGCAGCCAUGCGGUUGUUGAAAUAUUAUCUUAAAGGACCCCGAGCCGGUCAAACCGAAGUUUUUGUGGAUGGUUUGCCCGGUCUGCCAGAUAAUCUCACCCCGGACUCGGAGGGAAUUUGGGUGCCUUUAGGCAUGUCGGUGGACACUGAGAAUCCCAAUAUCUUUGCCAAAUUGUCGCCAUAUCCAAAUUUACGGUUCUUCCUUUCCCGUAUGGUGGCUCUGAUUCAACUUCCUUUUAGAUUGUUCAACAGCAUAUUUCCCAACAAUUUGUCUGUCCAUUUGUUUCACUCAGCAACUUCUUGGUUCAGCAGCUUGUCGCCCAAUCGCACCACAGUGCUACGGGUGGAUUGGAACGGCAACAUAGUGAAAGCCUUUCACGGAUUUGAUAGAUCAGCAGCUGGGAUAUCGCAUGCCGUGGAAUAUAAAGGCCACCUUUAUCUGGGUUCGCCAUUCAAUCCUUAUAUAAUCCAGGUGAAAUUACCGGAAACUGAUGAAGAGCCUAAAAAUAAACAAGUUUAA